GGCGGCCGAGCGCGCGGAGCGGGCGGAGCGAGCGCCCAGGACCGAGCGCGGGCGGAGCGGGGCUGGAGCAGGCGCGCAGCGGCGGCCGCCCCGGGGGAUGCGGCUGCCUCCCUAGGCUGGCGUGUAGGGAGGGCGGGUCCCCGGCCUCGGCGGCGCGGCGGUGGAGGGGACCGAGACAGCGGCCAUGGCGACCCCUAGCAACCUGGGGUCCUCCGUCCUGGCGAGCAAGACCAAGACGAAGAAGAAGCACUUCGUGGCUCAGAAAGUGAAGCUGUUCCGGGCCAGCGACCCGCUGCUCAGCGUGCUCAUGUGGGGGGUCAACCACUCGAUCAAUGAACUGAGCCAUGUUCAAAUCCCUGUCAUGUUGAUGCCUGAUGACUUCAAAGCCUACUCAAAGAUAAAGGUGGACAACCACCUUUUCAACAAGGAAAACAUGCCGAGCCAUUUCAAGUUUAAGGAAUACUGCCCGAUGGUCUUCCGGAAUCUCCGGGAGAGGUUUGGAAUCGACGACCAAGAUUUCCAGAAUUCCUUGACCAGAAGUGCGCCCCUUCCCAAUGACUCGCAGGCUCGCAGCGGGGCUCGGUUUCACACGUCCUAUGACAAAAGAUACGUCAUCAAGACCAUUACCAGCGAGGACGUGGCUGAGAUGCACAACAUCCUCAAGAAGUACCACCAGUAUAUAGUGGAAUGCCAUGGGGUCACCCUCCUUCCUCAGUUCUUGGGAAUGUACCGGCUUAAUGUCGACGGAGUGGAAAUAUACGUGAUUGUUACGAGGAACGUGUUCAGCCACCGUCUCUCUGUGUAUAGGAAGUACGACCUGAAGGGCUCGACGGUGGCUAGAGAAGCUAGUGACAAAGAAAAGGCCAAAGAGCUUCCAACUUUAAAGGAUAAUGACUUCAUCAAUGAGGGCCAAAAGAUUUAUAUCGAUGACAGCAACAAAAAGAUAUUCCUGGAAAAACUGAAAAAGGAUGUCGAGUUCCUUGCACAACUCAAACUCAUGGACUACAGCCUCCUGGUGGGGAUUCAUGAUGUGGAGCGAGCAGAGCAAGAGGAGGUUGAGUGUGAGGAGAAUGAGGGGGAAGAAGAAGGAGAGAGUGACGGUGCCCACCCCAUCGGGACGCCGCCUGACAGUCCUGGAAACACACUCAACAGCUCACCACCCUUGGCUCCUGGCGAGUUCGACCCAAACAUUGAUGUUUAUGCAAUUAAAUGCCAUGAAAACGCACCUAGGAAAGAAGUGUACUUCAUGGCGAUUAUUGACAUUCUCACUCAUUACGAUGCAAAAAAGAAAGCUGCCCACGCUGCGAAAACUGUAAAACACGGCGCUGGAGCCGAGAUCUCGACCGUGAACCCAGAGCAGUAUUCAAAGCGCUUUUUGGACUUUAUCGGACACAUCUUGACGUAACCUCCUGCAUAGUCCCGGAUGGGCACGAGCUCGGGAAGGCUGGUGGCGGCUUCGGUGUAGGAAUAAAAAAAAAAGGAAAACGGAACUCCACGAAGCACUCACCUUGCAGGAAGCAAAACCUUGUUUACAUCUUCAAGCCGAGAUGACUGAAGUUGGGGGCUCCUCGCUUUAACAGCUACCCGAUAUUUCCCAGCGCCGCCGCCGCUACUUCUGACUCUCUGUGUGUGCGCUUGCUCGCACUCGUGUGUGUGCACACACACGGGCGCACUCUCUCUCGCGCACAUUUUAAAGUAAUUAAUUAAUUAAUAAUUAAUUAAAACAGAUCAGCUUGAAUCAGAGCUUGUAACAGCCAGACCCCUCUGAUUCCGGCUGUGGCAGCAUGAACGGACGAAGAGACAAGCUGGGGGAGGGGACCAGAAAUGCACCUCAUCGCAGCACCACCAGAGAAGCUGUCGAUCAGUUUGUUUUCUGACUUGAAAGAUGUGAGAUUGUUCGUCAUGGUGGUGGUGGUGAUGAUGAUGGUGGUGAUGAUGAUGAUGAUGAUGAUUAAAAGAAAGAAAAAUUUAUAUCAAAUGUUACACUCCUGGCCCACAGAAAGACCUCUCCUGAAUAGUGGUUGUCUAAGCCCACACACAGCCCUAGGUAAAGGAAUGCUAGCAUCUCCCCGUGUACUGGUUCAGGUUUUUCUCCUAACAGUGUCACUAUCCCCACCGUUGUCCCAGGCUGAGCCCUUCAUCUUCCAAGAGUCUGAUGCCAAGAACCCGUCUACAGUUUCACCUCCAGGAAAACCCGCUUGCUUCUCUUUUCUCUCCUGGAGACUGGCGUUGUUAACACCCUCAUGUCCGGCUGCGGGAAUUCACUCUGCAAAACAGAUGUAGACCGUCCCUGAAGGGUGCAUAGUUUGGGGCAAUUGCAGCUGCACCUCCCACUGCAGGAAGAUGAGCAAGGAGCUAAAACCCUCCUGUGACCCAAGGCAAUUAAUCCCAAUUAUACAAGGUUUCUGUUUAACCUUGGUUUAGGAAUUGAAUUUGCUAUGAAUUAUCCCUUUAACUGAAACCCUCAGUUUUACUGUUUACAUGGUUAGAGAAACAGGGAUCUUUUUGAAUCUAAAAAUUUAAUACGCAGCACGUGAUUUUUGAAGUUUACAUGUAAAGCCAUUUUGCAGUGUAGGGAGCAUAAUGUUUGUUGUGUUUUGAGAUAUGCGUCCUGCAGUUGUGUUUCUGAGUGAGUGUUUUGUUCAAAGUACUUAGUAGACAGUCUAUCACAUAAAACAGAAGGAUUCGCUUCCUCAAGAUGUGUAUUUAUCCGCCUUAUGGUUUUUUUUUUCCUAUAAAAAGAUUAAACCCAAAAUCUGGUUAUUGUAAGUUCAUUGCCCUAAACUGUGCUGAUGGUGUGCAACUGAGACUUAGAGAAAAAGAAAAAAGAGGAAACCUUCCGGCAUCAGUCGUGUAUCUACGAACGUCCCUGCGUUCCUAAAAGGCCUCAAGUUACAGAGUCCUAGAUUUUGCUCAGAGCACAUUACCAACUUACGGGCUGUGCUGCAGCCGUGCCUUUAAAAGCCCCGCCUAAAGUAGGAGAUGGUUUCCGCAGGCAGUUUUAGAAAGGAAAAAAAAAAUCCACCCUUCAAUACUUGCAAGUCAACAAGUCCCCUGCCAGGCUGCCUUCCCUGUCACUUUACAUUUGGCCUCUCCAGGUACAGCUGUGCCCGCCGUGUGGGGGCUGCCCUCACAGCCUCUAGAAGGCAGCAUCAACACCAUCUGACUCCUGUGUACUGACCCACCACAGGUUCCUUAGCUGAUGACGUUAACUCCACUGUAACAUAGCUGUGCAAAUCUGUAUUUGAUGCAUUUAAAAUAAUCAAUGCUGUGUGAUUCAGUUUCCGGGCACUGUUACGGCGUUGUGGUGUCCCGAUCCGUUUGAGUGUUCCGGAAGCUUCUACUGUUAACCUUUGAUCCCCAAACUUAUAAACCCAAAAGAAAAUGAAGG